AUGAAACCAACGAUCGCCGUAAAGUUGUUCCCCAUUUUGCUGGUGCAGGCAGCACUGGCAUCUCAACAUUCAUCGGACUCCAGCAGCUGGAACUUUACGCUGGAAUCCGUACCCUCCAACGUGCUGAUCCUCUGCGGCGUCGUCGUGAUCACGGUCACUUGGAUAGGCUGCGCCUUCUUCAUGGCCAAUCGCCACCAGAAGGCGGUCCAGUACCUCCAGGACCAACUGGACGAGCUGUGGCUGCUGCAGGCGAAGCCCUCCGUGUGGCCACAUGCUCCCUUCAUCCCGAAUCCCCGGGAGCAGAAUCCGCCGGAGUACAUUCCGCCCAGGAAUCCGGAGGAGCAGGAGGAGUUGGACAUUGCGGCGCGGGAGAGGGCCGAAAAGGCCAGGGCAUUUCUGGAGGCCAGAAACUCCAAAGCUAAAAAGUGAGAUAAAACCCAUUUCCUUUAGGUGGAAUUAAGAGGAAUUAUGAAUCAAAGGAAUGUUUUCUUUACCAACUUGCAUAUAUAUUAAAAAGCUAAUUUCAAACCAUGAAACAGAGAUAAAGAGUAAGAUAAAACCAAUUUUUUUAAAGUGGAAUUAA